GGUUGCGAGUAUCGCGAGAGUCGAGUGCCGACUGAGCGGUGAACGUGAAGAGAGAGGGCCGGGGAGAGAGGAGAAAGAGUGGACUAAAGCUACGGCCUACAGUUUAAACGGAGCCGUUUCCAAACAUCCAACAUGUCCUCCUGUUGUCUUCUCUGCUUGCUGGCUCUCGCCUUUUUCCAGGGCGCCGUGUGGGCCGAACAGCGGAAGCUUUCUCCAGAAAACCUGCUGGUCAUCACCGUGGCAACAGAGGAGACGGACGGCUACCUGCGCUUCAUGAGGACAGCCCGAGAGUUCAACUACACUGUGAAGGUCCUGGGUCUGGGCGAGGAGUGGAAGGGAGGCGACGUGGCUCGGACGGUGGGUGGAGGUCAGAAGGUGAGAUGGUUGAAGAAGGAGGUGCAGAAACACUCGGAGAAGACGGAGCUUGUCAUCAUGUUUGUGGACAGUUACGAUGUGAUCUUUGCAUCGGGUCCUGAGGAGCUGCUGUCCAAGUUUUCCCGUAUGGGUCACAAAGUUAUUUUCUCAGCUGAGGGUUUCUGCUGGCCUGACCAGCGCCUAGCCUCCAAAUACCCCGAGGUGCGUACUGGGAAACGCUACCUGAACUCAGGAGGGUUCAUCGGCUAUGCUCCAGAGAUCAUUGCAAUUGUCCAGCAGUGGAAGUACAAAGACAGCGAUGACGACCAACUUUUCUACACCAGGAUCUACCUGGACAAGACGCACAGGACCAAGUUUAACAUGACCCUGGAUCAUCGAUCCCGGAUCUUCCAAAACCUUAACGGAGCUGUUGAUGAGGUCGUCUUGAAAUUUGAGAGGGCAAAGGUCAGAGCAAGGAAUGUCGCCUACGACACGCUUCCUGUUGUUAUCCAUGGCAACGGACCCACUAAGCUGCAGCUAAACUACCUCGGUAACUACGUCCCCACGGCAUGGACCUAUGAAACCGGCUGUGGGAUCUGCGAUGAUGAUGUGCUCUUCUUCAACGAGGAUGAACAGAUGCCUCUGGUCUACGUCGCUGUUUUCAUCGAACACGCAACUCCCUUCAUGGAGGAGUUCUUGGAGCGCCUGUCCACUCUGAACUACCCAAAAACGAGGAUUCGCCUCUUCAUCCACAACAAUGUUGUGUACCACGAGCGUCACAUCCAGAAGUUCUGGGAGCGUCACAGGUCUCUGUUCCCAGACGCCCGGGUAGUCGGACCAGAGGAGAACCUGAAGGAGGACGAAGCCAGAACCAUGGCUGUCGAGGUGUGUAAGAAGGAUCCAGAGUGCGACUACUACUUUAGCAUCGACUCCGAUGUGGCUUUGACGAACCCCGACAUCCUGAGGAUCCUGAUAGAGGAGAACAAGUCUGUCAUAGCACCCAUGCUGUCCAAACACGGAAAACUGUGGAGUAACUUCUGGGGUGCUCUAAGUCCUGAAGGAUACUACUCCAGAUCUGAAGAUUACAUCGAGAUCGUCCAGGGCAAGAGGGUAGGUCUGUGGAAUGUGCCGUACAUCACUCAGGUCUACCUGAUCAAAGGCAGCGUGCUGCGGACUAAACUGUCCCAGGUGAGCCUGUAUAUGGACGAAGGGGGCAUGGACGCUGACAUGGUGUUCUGCAGGAGCAUCCGAGACCAGGUAACACAGACGUUCUCAUUUUUUAGCUGUAAGCACAGUCAGAGUGGAUUACAAAAAAGUUCUUUUGUAAGCAGUAAUGAUGUUGUUUCAUUGAACAUAUGUCCACAGGGAGUCUUCAUGUAUGUGUCCAACCGUGACGAAUUUGGCCGUUUGGUGGCCUCGUCCAGUUUCAACACGUCCAGGCUCCACCCAGACAUGUGGCAGAUCUUCGACAACCCUGUGGACUGGAAGGAGAAGUAUGUCCACGAAAACUACUCCAAGAUCUUUGAAGAUGAGAAGACGUAUGUAGAGCAGCCCUGUCCAGAUGUUUACUGGUUUCCAGCUUUCUCAGACAAAAUGUGUGACCAUAUGGUAGAAACCAUGGAAGACCAUGGCGAGUGGUCUGGUGGAACGCACAAGGAUGAGCGUCUGGCUGGCGGUUAUGAAAAUGUCCCAACUGUGGAUAUCCACAUGAACCAGAUCGGCUUUGAGAAGGAGUGGCUCAAGUUCCUCAAAGAUUAUAUUUCACCUGUCACUGAGAAACUCUAUCCUGGCUACUACCCCAGGGCUCAAGCCAUUAUGAACUUUGUGGUGCGUUACCGUCCAGAUGAGCAGCCUUUAUUGCGGCCACAUCAUGACUCCUCCACCUUCACUAUCAACAUCGCCUUGAACAGGAAGGACAUUGACUACGAGGGUGGAGGUUGCAGGUUCCUGCGGUACGACUGUAAGGUGGAGUCUCCUAGGAAGGGCUGGUCCUUCAUGCACCCAGGUCGACUGACGCACUACCACGAAGGCCUGCGCGUCACCAAAGGGACCAGAUACAUCAUGGUGUCCUUUGUCGACCCCUAAACAUACAGAGCGUGUGCAUAAAAGGCUGCUGGUGUGUCUGUGUGAGCAUGAGAAGAUUAGCCAACCUCAUCAUCAUAUUCAUAAUGGAGGAAAAGACGUGAUGACCUUGAAUGCAUCAUGUUAUUAUUUCACUGUGUCCUUAUUUCAGGUGUACAUAAGAUUUGACUUAUCAUCGUUGACAUUUCAGAGUUUUCUGUUUUUACCUUAUUUUUAUUCCUGACGUUAGUGAAGCAAAUAAAAACGGGAGAUUUGUGGUCUUGAAGGCAUCGCUGUCGGACAUUUCAAAAUAAGAGUCUCAUGCUUAAAUUCAGUUGUCACCGUGCUGCCUUACGUUUUAAAUGUUAACUAAAUCUAUGCAAGCAAAACACACUCCAAGUUGUGUUUCAACAAUCAGCUGUUACACUCCAUCAAACUCUAAAAGAUUAAUGCCACCUGUUGUGCCAAGUAGAGGGUGUUACCAGUAUUAGUGAUGUGCUCGAGGGUAAAUCCACCUCAAAGACAAAUCGGCUGGAUUUGAGCAUCAAUAUUGUAGACAUGCAAAUCCUCAAUAUCAGUUAAUAUGAUACAGAGAAAAAAGAUGGAUAUAAAGAUGCUUUAAAGAAAACCGUGUGAAUGAUGUGCCAAGAAGUCUAUAUGUUUGGUAAAAGUCUGUAAAAACAAGAUUUAAGCAAGUGGAACUCCACUUUGAGGAAUUUUUAGACUCUUACUUUGUAAACUCUAAAGGCCUUUUAUGUAUUUCUGUUUUAUUCUUUGUUGUUUAGUCUUGUUUUUAAAAUUUACAUUUGCUCCUUAGGUUUCCAUGGGGUAGUCAUCAUUAGGGUGUGAAGCGCUGCCUCCUCUUGCAGGAUUAUGUCUUUAUUUAAAAAAUGCUGUGAUGGUUUUUAGUCUGUUUGAGGUGCAGUGUUUCCACCCAGCCUCUGGUUUUCUUCUAUACGUGCCUGUUUAUCAAAAGUCUCUGGCUUUGUACAAACUGCAUUAAAUUAUUUGUUGAUGACUGACUGAAUAAGGUUUUGAGAUUUUAAUAAAAAAAGAACU